ACCAUAUCACGAGCCACUACAAAACAAAAACCACUUCAACUAUUUUCCUCCUUCCUUUUUCUUUUCUUUUAAUCCAAAAACACUUUUUCUUUUUACUCAGAAACCCCACAAUUUCUUUUCAUUCACAGCCUUUCCCACCAACCAAAAGAAAAAUGCCUCAAUUUCUUCUUCUUCUUCUUCUUCUUCUUCUUCUUCUUCUUCUUUUGCCAUCCAUUGCCUUUCUUCCUUCUCAUGCUCUCAACAUUGGUGUCCAAGCCCUUGAUGCCUCCAUCACUAUGAGUAAAGAUUGCAGUAGAAAAUGUGAGUCUGAGUUUUGUUCAGUGCCUCCACUGUUGAGAUAUGGGAAAUAUUGCGGGCUGUUGUAUAGUGGGUGCCCCGGGGAACGCCCCUGUGAUGGCUUGGAUGCUUGUUGUAUGAAGCAUGAUGCUUGUGUUGUUGCCAAGAACGAUGACUAUCUAAGCCAAGAAUGCAGCCAAAGCUUCUUGAAUUGCAUGGAGAAUUUCAAGAGAUCAAGAUCAAGACCUUUCAAAGGAAACAAAUGCCAAGUUGAUGAAGUCAUUGAUGUCAUCUCCUUUGUCAUGGAAGCUGCUCUUAUUGCAGGCAAAGUUUUUCACAAACCCUAGCUACCCCCUGCCCUACCUAUUUAUUUACAAAUACCCAAUUUGAAUCUUUAAUCUUUUCAUUUUCCUUUUAUUACAUAUUGUUGUUUGGCAUAAAACACAUACACCAAUUUCUCUCCCUCUUAUAUGAAAUUUUUAUCUUUUUAUAUAUAUUCACUAUUUUAGGACA